AUGGCGGCCGCGCUGGGCCCGCGGGCCGGGGCUGAGGCCGAGGAGCGGCGGCGGCUCCUGCGCUCCGUGACCCGGCUGCAGGCCUGUGCCAGGGGGUUCCUGCUGCGGAGGCGCCUCCGGGGCCUGCGGGAGGAGUUCGAGGCCGUGGUGCUGGAGAUCGAGGGGGACCUGAGGCAGCUGCGCUGGACCGGCCGCGUUCUGCAGCGGCCGCGCUUCGAUCCCGAGCCCUCCCCAGGAAAGCCCUUGGAUGCAUGGGAGGCUGCAAAGGAUGAGACCAUUCCCAAAAAAACCCCGGAGAAGCCGGAUCCCCCUGGAGCAGAACGGGCUGGGAACUUUGGGAACAUCCCCUCCUCAGCCCCCCUGCCCAGUGGGACAACCCCAAAGCCCCCAAAACCCCCAAAUUUGGGGUCUGGUGCUGAUAAAAGCCUGGGAAAGGAGGGAAGAGCCCUGAGCCAGGAGUGGGACAACGACAGCGUGACCUCGGAAUGGGACAGCAGCCACCUCGGAGCCAGCCCAGAAAUCCCAGCGGACCUGCAGGGCCUUUCCCGCUCGGAGCUACAAUCCCACAGGAGGCAUCUCCUGAUGGAGCUGCUGUGGAUCCAACAGGCCAUUGCCAGCAGGAAACACUUCCUGAUGCUGAAACAGAAAUUGGGAAUUCCCAACCACUCUGGAAUUCCUGAGUUCUUGGAUUGGUUUGGAGAAGCUCUGGAGCAGCAGCACAAGUCCUGAUGUGACAGUGGCAUCCCUGGGAUGUUUCUCACUCUAGAAAAACGUGGGAAGAAAAUCCUUUUGUGGAUAUUUGAUCCAAGCAGGAUCAAACAUCAUCAGCCAGGGGGGUUGUGGUGUGUCCUGCAGGGAUCCAUCCCACGUGAUCCCUGUUUUCCUUGGCUGAUCCAAGUGGAAAAAGGAUUUUCACUUCCAGCUGGUGCUUUUGGUGCUGGAAUGGCCGAAGGCAGCAGGGACCUGCAGGAAUGAGCCCUUCCCACAGAACUGUGUGGAUUCCAUGUGGGAAUCCGUGUUUGGGAUGGCUCUGCAAUAUCCAGGAUCUCCACGUGGUGGAUUUUUGGGAAUACUGAAGUGCUGAGUGGGGAGGAGUUCCUGUGCAGGUGGGGAGGGAGGGAUG